GUCGAUUUUUAUCCCACCCGUGACCAUUAGGAUCAGUGAACAAAGUAUCUUUUUGUAUAUCGGUGCAUCACUGCCUUUCUGGAAUAAACCAUGCCCACAUCCAACUUCACCUGAGAUACUAAAAGCAAUAAACAAACACAAAAACCCCGUGUAAAAAGAAAAGCUCAAAACAUCACGCGCUGCAACUCUCCUUCCAUGGUUGUUACAGAUAAGGAAAAAAACAAAAUUGGCUUUCGGAAAAAAGCGGUGGCAUAAGCGAAUACGUGUUUUGUUUUUAUUUUUGUUUUUGUUUGUUUCACCCAUACCGAAAUUCUAGCAUCUGGGCUUGAACAAACUCGUUGCGUGAGAGGAAGUUGCAGGUGAAGGUUGUAUUUUUUUUCUUGACAUUUUUCGAGGUAGAAUGGAGGGGGAUGAAGAUGGGUUUCACCGGAAAAUAACGAUAGGAGUUUGUGUUAUGGAAAAGAAGGUGAAAUGCGGCUCAGAGGCUUUUUCGCGGCCGAUGUUGGAGAUUCUGGAGAGACUGGAGGCGUUCGGAGAAUUUGAGAUAGUGCAUUUUGGGGACAAGGUGAUCCUUGAUGAGCCCAUUGAGAGAUGGCCUUUAUGUGACUGCUUGAUUGCCUUCUAUUCCUCUGGUUAUCCCUUGGAAAAGGCUGAAGCAUAUGCUGCACUAAGAAAGCCGUUCCUCGUAAAUGAAUUGGGCCCACAACACAUUCUUCACGACCGAAGAAGUGUUUAUGAGAGGCUUGAAAUGUUUGGACUUCCUGUGCCAAGAUAUGCAUUGGUUAACAGGGAAUGUCCGAACCAAGAGCUUGAUUAUUUUGUCGAGGAGGAAGAUUUUGUCGAGGUCCAUGGGAGAAGGUUCUGGAAGCCAUUUGUGGAGAAGCCUAUUCAUGGUGAUGAUCACAGUAUAAUGAUAUAUUACCCGAGUUCAGCUGGUGGGGGAAUGAAGGAGUUGUUUCGGAAGGUAGGUAAUCGAUCUAGCGAAUUUCAUCCAGAGGUCAGAAGAGUGAGACGUGAAGGCUCUUAUAUAUACGAGGAGUUCAUGCCCACGGGUGGAACAGAUGUGAAGGUGUAUACAGUAGGCCCAGAAUAUGCUCAUGCCGAGGCAAGAAAAUCUCCUGUGGUCGAUGGAGUUGUUAUGAGAAAUCCUGAUGGUAAAGAAGUCAGAUAUCCUGUACUGCUUACUCCUAUGGAGAAGGAAAUGGGAAGAGAGGUUUGCAUUGCAUUUAGGCAAGCUGUUUGUGGCUUUGAUCUCUUGCGUUGUGAGGGGCGUUCUGGAGAUAGAACUCCGAAACAAAAGGUCAAGUUGAAAGUUACGGAGGAGAAGCUUCUGAAUUUGAUGCUAAAAUAUAACGGGGGAAGGCCUAGAGCAGAGACAAAGCUGAAAAGUGCGGUCCAAUUGCAAGAUCUAUUGGAUGCUACACGAAUUUUAGUACCUCGGACUAGACCUGGUCCAGAGAGUGACAGUGAUGCUGAAGACAUUGAGCAUGCCGAAAAGCUUCGCCAAGUGAAAGCUGUUCUUGAGGAGGGUGGCCAUUUUUCGGGAAUCUAUAGGAAGGUACAGCUCAAGCCAUUAAAAUGGAUCAAAGUUCCAAAAGCAAACGGUGAAGGGGAAGAAGAAAAGCCUGUCGAGGCACUGAUGGUUCUCAAAUAUGGUGGUGUUCUUACUCAUGCUGGAAGAAAGCAGGCUGAAGAACUCGGGAGGUAUUUUCGGAAUAAUAUGUAUCCAGGUGAAGGCACCGGGCUUCUCCGCCUACACAGCACAUAUCGUCAUGACUUAAAAAUAUACAGCUCGGAUGAGGGCCGUGUGCAGAUGUCAGCAGCUGCCUUUGCUAAAGGUCUUCUAGACUUGGAAGGACAAUUAACACCGAUUUUGGUUUCACUAGUCAGCAAGGACUCUUCCAUGUUGGAUGGACUCGAAAACGCCAGUUCUGAGAUGGAAGCAGCUAAGGCUAGGCUAAAUGAGAUUAUAACUUCUGGAGCAAAAUAUAUUCAAAGCAGUGGCCCGCCCGAGAAGCCUUGGAUGGUUGAUGGGCAUGGAGUUCCUUCAAAUGCAACUCAACUAUUACCGGAAAUGGUGAAGCUAACGAAGAAGGUUACCGAGCAAGUGAAAGAAAUGGCCAAGGAUGAAUGUGAGGAGCUCGUUUCGGAUGUAAUACCUCCAUAUGAUCAAGCUAAGGCACUCGGUAAGACGAACAUAGACGUUGACCGUAUAGCCGCAGGUCUACCGUGCGGUAGUGAAGGGUUUCUUCUCAUGUUUGCUCGUUGGAGAAAACUCGAGAGAGAUUUGUAUAACGAACGCAAAGAAAGGUUUGAUAUAAAACAAAUUCCCGACGUUUACGACUCUUGCAAGUAUGAUCUCUUGCAUAAUGCACAUUUGAAUCUUGAAGGGUUGUACGAACUUUUCAAGGUAGCUCAGUUACUUGCAGAUGGUGUUAUACCGAACGAGUAUGGAAUCAAUCCCAAGCAAAAACUGAAGAUCGGUUCUAAGAUAGCUCGGCGCCUCUUGGGGAAAAUCUUGAUUGAUUUGAGAAACACUCGUGAAGAAGCAAUCAACGUGGCAGAACUGAAGAGUGCCCAGGAGAAUAAUAAUAAUAAUAACAACAACAAUACUAAUAAUUCGGCCGUGUCUACAAAUUUAAAGGAAGAUACAGAUUAUCUUACCAAGUCCCAGAGCAAACUUGAAAGUUCGAGAAAAUGUAGCUUUGCUAGUGAUUUGCCGGUCGAUCAAGAUGAUGACGAUGACAAGGAACCAAAAUACCGUUUGGAUCCAAAAUAUGCAAAUGUUAAGACACCAGAUCGACAUGUUCGGACUCGACUAUAUUUCACAUCGGAAUCUCAUAUCCAUUCAUUGAUGAAUGUUCUCCGUUAUUGCAACCUGGACGAGUCUCUUCAAGGAGAACCGAGCCCCGUAUGCGAUAGUGCCCUCGAGCGCUUGUGCAAGACAAAGGAGCUUGACUACAUGAGUUACAUUGUGUUGAGGCUAUUUGAGAACACUGCAGUCGCUUUAGAAGACCCGAAAAGAUUUCGCGUGGAGCUGACUUUUAGCCGCGGUGCAGAUUUAUCCCCACUAGAGGGGAAUGAUGGUGAGGCAGCAUCAUUGCAUCAGGAGCACACGUUGCCGAUAAUGGGGCCUGAGAGGAUGCAAGAAGUGGGGUCAUAUUUGACGUUGGAGAUGAUGGAGAAGAUGAUACGCUCGUUUGCAAUGCCAGCCGAGGACUUCCCGCCGCCCGCCACUCCUCAGGGCUUCGCCGGCUAUUUCUCCAAGGCCGCGGUUUUGGAGCGGCUCGUCAACCUAUGGCCCUUUAAGUAGUGGGAAAAAGCAACUCGGAUGUCGACCCAACCCGUUUGUGUUAGGGUGACCCGAAUUUUCAUUAGGAAUUUCAUUGCAUUUAUAAAAAAUUGAUGGAAAAUGACUGACAGAUUUUUUUUUUUUUCUUAAUGGGAUAGGGUAAAAAUAUUUCAAUUUGAUUUUUAGUGCAAUUUUUGAAUUGUUGUUACUGUUAUUUGGCCAGCUAAAGAAGGGUCACAUAAAGAGCUGUCAAACUAAACGAGCCGCUUGUGAACUCGGCUCGGCUCGUUUGAUAAACGAGGCGAGUCAAACUCAUUUGAGCUCAAUAAGGCUCGAAAAGAUGAUUUUUAUGUAUUUAUCUAUAGUUCGGCUCGAUUUUAGCUUGUGAAGACUCGAGCUCAGCUUGUUAAUAUUGAUAAACGAGCCGAACUUG